UAAAACCGUGAGUACGCGUCGUACGUGUAUGGAAGGCGCGUUGCACGCACACAUCCAUUCCCGACACACUUUCUUUCACGGCUUCAUUGAACGUAUCCAGAAAGAUAUCCAAUGACAGUGACUGCUACGCGUUCUAAGCGAGACGUCCGAUUUCAACGAUUUCGUUGACUCCUCGCUCGCGAACUCGUUGCCAAAGGGAAGGAAAGUAUUUCCCGAAAUGUGGAGCGGCAAUUCCCAUCGUCCAGAUACAAAUACACAUUCCUAUUGCAUUUCUGUGUUAAUUACCACUGAUGGACAAGGAUGGAUCGAAAUACGUCGUCUCUCAGUAAACCUGUUCCUUUAACAUCUCUAUAUAUAUCUUUACUUUCAACGAGCCACUUUCCACGAGCAAAUAAUUGAUAAAAUGCUAAGUGAACUUGUCACUGAUCGUUUGUAUAUAGUUGGUUCUUUCCGCGAUACGUAUAACGCGUACAUAUCAGCAGAGAUUUUCUCUUUGGUAUCAGAUUUCAUAAAAUAAAACUAGAUCUUUCUGCGUUGUUCUUGGAGGUUAGACAUAUGGAUCACAGAUGUUGACGUAUAUAGAACAGUGAUAUUCCGAGACGAGUAAUUGAUAAUAUGUAAUUCAACAUGAUGAGUACAACGGGAAUUAGAGAAGCGUUAGCUACGACAGCUUCGAUCUGUCAGGUGUUUCAAUUUUUAGCUGGUGUGCUGGUAUGCAGAAAGAUCGUUAAAAGUGGGACGACAGGGAAUAGCUCGGCAUUGGCAUUUGUAACAUGUUAUACUUCAUGUCUCAUGUGGAUGAAAUACGGUAUGCUUAUAGGAGAUCAGUUUAUACUGUUAGUGAACUUUUUUGGAGCAACGCUCCAAGCAUGUUACGUUUAUGUAUUUAUCUUGUACAGUGUAAAAAAGAACAAGAUUAUAAAGCAAAUGAUCGCGGCUACGUGCUUCCUCGCGACCGUGUACCUUUACAGUUUUUACGAGGAAGACAAGCUGCAAGCUGAGAGAUACGUUGGUUUUCUUAGCUGUACAGUAACAGUAUUAUUUUUUGCAUCUCCUUUAACAACGAUGGCACUGGUAAUCAAAUCUAAAAAUACAGAGACUUUGCCGUUCCCCAUUAUCAUGACUUCGCUGAUAGUUUCUUGUCAGUGGUUCGCGUACGGCUGCCUUCUGAACGAUCGUUUUAUACAAAUACCGAAUUUCUUAGGCUGCGUAUUGUCCGCGUUUCAACUGUGUUUCUUUAUAAUUUUCCGUGAUGACCAAUCUAUCAGUACUCAUAAUCAGCUGGUAUGAUACAAAAUUGCAGGGUAUUUAAUCUACACGAAAGCUUGCGAGCUUAUACGUUUGUUAAGUGUAUCGAUGUUUAUCAUUCAAAACGCAAUCUGUACUUUAUUAAACAGAAAUAUAUUUUUCAAACAAUUAA